GAAUAAUCUGCAAACAUGGGGAAAGGGUUUAACAACUACAUGUGCAAAAAGUUUUUCCAUCCUGCCUCAAGAGACAACCUCAAAAGGGUAUGGAUGGCAGAGCAGCAAGCUGAGGCGUAUAAGAAAAAACAGGAAGAGCUACGGAACCAGUAUGAAAAGGAACAGGAACUGCACGAUAACAAGGCCAUGCUCAGCAGGGACAGCAAGGACAAGCUGAGCGUUAACUUUAUGUACGAACUCCCGCCUGGCAUGAAGAAGGAGCGCGAGCAGGAAUCAAACGAAUCCGAGUAUAAGUUUGAAUGGCAGCGCAAAUAUAAUGCACCGCGUGAGAGCUAUUGCAAAGGGGACACUGAAAUUCGUGACCAACCGUUCGGUAUACAAGUGCGUAACGUUCGCUGCAUAAAGUGUCACAAGUGGGGCCACAUCAACACGGACAAAGAAUGCACCAUGUACAGUCUGUCGAUGAGUGAGGCGAAGAAAAUUCAUUCCGAAGCGGAAGCGAACCAAAUUUUGUCCAAAGGCGAACUCGAGCAACAGCUGCGAGACGACGGGCUUGCGAUGAAACGAAGCGCCCAGGAGUUGGUCACCUCACACAAGCUCGUGGCAGACCCGGACGUUGAGCAAGCCGUCCCGGAAACGGAAUUCAUUCGCUCGCUGACUAAAAAGCAAAAGAAGAAGCUGUUGAAAAAGUUAGAAAAAAUCGAAAAGCGUCAACGUUCGUCCAAGAAGAAGUGUAAGAAAGGAGCUAUUAGCAGUGACAGUGAUUCAUCUUCAUCCGAUUCGGAUAAGGAAGAUAGGAAGGGUUCGAAAAAGAAAACCAAAAAGUCUCAGCAACAUCAUCGAUCGGAUGAUCGAAAUGGUGAACGUUCGGAGCGUGAACGUGCAAAUGAACGGCGAGACAAACAUCGUCUUCGUAGCCGUUCUCGUUCUCCACAUGCCGGAUCGUCACGCAGCUAUGAACCGACAAAGCACAGCAAGCGUCGUGGUCGUUCCGCCAGUCCAAGGCGAGACCGUAGCAGGCGUUAG